CGGAUCCUUUUUCCGCUCACUGUCGAGCUUGAAUCAGAACCAGCAGGUUUAUGAUUCCUCGCUUUUAGCACAACCUUCUCAUUCAAUUUCAUUAUGUUCUUCUUAAGCGUGAUUGCCCUCCUUGUGACCGUCACAGUCGCCGACGCCUAUUCUACAUUCGACACGACCUGUACCUUUCCUUCCUCGGAUAUCAAUUUCGUUUCGGCUCCAAAUUCUUGCGGCACCCUGCAGAUCCUCUGGUCGUCCCUAUUUACGCUAUUAGCCUGUACCUGGACGGUACUAUACCUCAAUGUGCCGCAGUAUCAUCGAAAACCACGCCUAUCAAAGGCUCGAAAUACGUGGGGGGCUAUCGCGUUUGCUGUGGUAUAUGUGUGGUGGCUGAUACAAAAGUAUUGGAAGGCUGCAGAAUGGUUUGCCAUAACCCUUCUGGCGCCGGAAUUUACCAUGGCCAAAUAUUGGGACGACUUGGCCAUCGCCAAAUCACUCAUGGAUCUAUCAGCAGAGGGAGAACGUCUAAAAGGAAAACGCAACUCGCCGGAGACUCAACCAAAUGACAAGAAGCCAGACCCGAAUAAGGCGAUCAGAACCCACGAAAUCUUGUCAGAGCUCCACUGGAGCCUGGACCAUAUUGCGUUUGCUAAUAUGGGAGGAUUCGCUCUUGAGUAUACCCCAGAGCCAGACACUGCGCCCAACAUUGACUCCCCGGGUGCAACCAGUGGGGAAUCUGGCAGCUCAUCGACAGGCAAUCCACUGGGCUCCAUAGUGAAAAGCUGUCUGUCUGCAUUCAAGGACAUUCUUUCAUGGUUGAAACCUAAAGAAGUCUCAUGGGACUAUCUACCGAGCAAGUAUGACCGCGAUCACAAACUGUGGUAUCUCAACGCCGACGACAUAAUCAAGCUUUGCGACUUGAAGGGAGUAGGGGCAAAGAAAGAUCGCGGCGAGCAACACGACGAGAAAGACGAAGAGAAGAAAGGCGAAGAACGGAAAGACGAGCAAACCACCCAGCAGAGAAAUCUGGAAACAAUUAUGCACAAGCUCCAGAUAGAACCAGCUGAGAUUGCCGAUCGCUCCAAGUCGGACAUCCUCAUGCGCGUGAUUGCCGUCGGUCAGAUCAUAUGGGUCAUAAUCCAGGUGAUCGCGCGGGCGGUGCGCCAUCUGGCAGUCACCCAGCUGGAGGUUGCUGUCGUCGCAUUUGCCCUCUGUGCGAUUAUGAUGUACUGGCUCAAUCGACAUAAGCCCAAGGGCGUGAGCCUUCCCGUUCUCAUUCCAUGCGAUUCUCCCGAUCCCGAUAUAAAGGAAAUUUUGAAGAAGGAACUGUCUGAGACCUCGCCAACUCCUCAACAAAACCCUCCCCAAAUCCCUAGAAGAGAUGGCCUACCGUGGUCGGCUCGCUUCCGCAGGAUAUUCCUACAGUUUUUCGGCCAGGAUGGACGAAUCCGAAGCAAACCAAUCCGAAAUGGGUUUACAAUUAGUGACGCGGAUGCUGGGCGCUCGGACUUCAGAUCUCAAUUUGCCGAUGUAUCUCUGAUUGUCGGCGGGGUGGUCUUUGGCGGAGUUCAUCUCGUCGCAUGGAGGUUUGCAUUUCCAACCCACAUCGAGCAGAUCCUCUGGUGGGCCGCCGCGGCGUGGUGCGCCUUCUUUUUUCCAUUUGUGGCCGUGCAGUUCUUCUACGUUGAUACAAUCCAUCGCCGGUUGUUUGCCCCAGUCCUCAGGAUCCUGUUCAGAGUUCUAGAUAAGCUCGGCCUCGAAGAUCUUCCUCUGGCUUUUGUUCCAAAAACCUUGAGGGAGAAAAAGGAACUGGAGUUGAGGCCAAGAUAUUUCAGAAAGAAGAACCCACCAAGAGACGCAGAAACGGGAACUCCGGAAGGUAGUGACGCAGCAGAUUCUAAACGCGUGGAGGCGGGAGUACAGAAUUUAGUGCCAGAGUCCUCGAAACAUGACAUCUCAGCAGCAAGCCCAGAAACGGCAAACCAGGCAAGUAGUCAGGAUACAAAGAAAGACUGGAAGGGUGAGAUCGACUUGUUGAUCGAAUGGUUCUUCUUCUGCUGGACCAUGUUCCUACUCGCUGUCUACGUUGUCGCAAGACUCUUCAUCAUCGUCGAAAUGUUCAGAGCGUUGGCUUAUCUGCCCCCGGAUGCAUAUUAUGGCACAUGGGGAUCCAAUCUUCCAGGAUUUGAUUAGCAGGAUCUCCUAUUUCCUCUGUUUCUCUUUAUUUAAUCUUUUCUUCUUUCCCCUUAUUUUUAUUAAUCUAUCUUUAUUUUUUUCGUGUUUAUGUGAGGG